AGCAAUGUCAUUCCAGGUGCUCGGUCAGCUCCCCAAGCAGUUCUACUGGUUCCACUCUGAGUUUCUGAAGAAUCCGAAGGUAGUUCACCUGGAGGUUUGGCUGGUGGAAAAGAUCUUCGGCAGGGGCGGAGAGUGCAUCCUGCAAGUCCAGGGUCUGUCCCAAAUCCUGAUUCAUGUGAAUCACUUGGACCCCAGCGGCGAGGCUGAGAUCUUGAUAUUUGGGAGGCCUUCUUACCAGGAGGACACCAUCAAGAUGAUCGUGAACUUGGCUGGCUAUCACCACCAGCUCCAGGCGAAAGGCUCAGAAAAGACCCUCGCCCAGGAUGUAGCCACUCAGAAGGCCGAAACCCAGCGGUCUUCAAUAGAAGUCCGGGAAGCCGGGACUCAGCGUUUGGUAGAGGUUCGGGAGGCCGGGACCCAGCGUUCGGUGGAGGUCCUGGAGGUCGGGACACAGGGUUCUCUGGUGGAGGUGUGGGAGGCCGGGACCCAGCAGUCCCUCAAGGCUGCCAGUGAGUUGGGGACCCAGCGAUCUCCCGAAGCUGCCAGCAAGGCAUGGACCCAGUGGUUUUAGGAGAUGCCCGGGACCCAGUUACUAGGUUAUGUAGGCAUUUCAGGCCCUGGAACCAGAGCCAGUCAUGGGUUAAGUGGAAGCCCAAUACACUUAAGCCCCAGAAUGUGGGGUUGGGGAUGGGGGAAUGAUGAUGUGAAUUGUUUUUGUUUUACCCCUUCUGUUGAAUGGUUGCAAACACAAACUUGAGUUCUAAUAAAGAAUUGCAUUUCUA